AACGACAAUCCAUCCAACAUCAACCUCGCGUCAUCUGCAUCAACGUCGUCGCCGCCUGGAAUCGACCAGCCACCACUCUCACAGACGCUCUCGCUAGAAUCCACCUGCAAUCGAGACACGAAUCGAAUCGACUUGCGCGGGCUGACAACAUACGAAAGUCCAGCCGAAGCGAAUUGAUUGCGGCCGGACGACGAACCGCGCCGACCAACGGCGAAGCCCACGAUGCCCGACUCGGCCCCCCGCAAGGGUCUGGCCUCGUCGCCGGCCCUGAGCCAUGCGACACCGUCCAAGAAGAACGCCAAGGCUGGCACUCCCGCCACUGCCGGCGGCGACGAGGGCACCAUUAAGGUCGCCUCUAAAAAAGAGUCCAAGGCCAAGCCCGUCAACGGCGCCAUCAAGCUCAAAAAACAGGCUCCUCGGCAUAGUAAUCCGGGAAACUGGAAGGAUGGUGGUGUUAUUGACUCGGAGUCCAAGAAGUCCAAGGCAAAUGCUUCUAGUGUGACUGCGGCAUCUCCGGGCCCAGUGGUCAACCUCCUGGACGACAGCGCGCGGGAGACGUUUGCGACGGGCUAUCCCCUUGAAGACUACAUGGAUAUCACACAGUGUAAACACUGCAAGAAGAGCAUCCUUGUGACGGCCGCCAAGGCGCACAUCGCCGGCUGCCUGCGGCUCAAGAAGGAGAAGGCACAGCGCAAAAAGGAGGCUCGGGAGGCCCGUGAGCGGGCAAAAGAGCAGGCCGCGCGCGAGGAGCAGGCGCGCAAGGAAGAGGAGGAGGGUGGGGCAGGCGACGACAGCAGCGACGGCGACGACGAAGACGAGAAGCCAGGCGGCGGAGCAGGGAAGACCACAAAGAAGGCAGCCAAGAAGACGGGCGGCGACGGCGACAAGACGGGCAAGAAGCGGAAGGCCGACGGCGACCCAGAUGGCGGCAAGGGCGGGCCCAAGCCCAAGAAGAAGAAGGAUGAGCCAAAGCCCAAGGCUGUGAAGCCAAAGGGCCCCGUCGACGUGGAGAGGCAGUGCGGUGUCAUCACACCUACAGGCCAACCCUGCGCGAGGUCUCUGACGUGCAAGACCCAUAGCAUGGGUGCCAAGCGCGCGGUCCCGGGGCGGUCACUGCCGUACGACAUGCUGCUCACGGCAUACCAGAAGAAGAACCAGGCGAAGCAGCAGAAAGCAGCACUCGAUGCCAACGCACCUUUGGAGGACGAGGAUGAGGCGAACGCAGGCCCAGUGGACUCUGAUGAGGAGACGGCGCUCGUUAUGACGGCACUCUCGCGGUGGAAGCCCCAACCAGUAGUGCCACAGCCCGUCUUCACGCCCAUCAAGCGACAGUACCAGCUUUCACGACUCCAUGAGCAGCUGCAGAUGGCGACUAACGGUGGGCGGCUGAACAUCUUCAAGGUCGCUGGCUUUGGAGCACAGCGGCUGCCCGACGGCCACCCAGGCCUAAUGGCUGAUAACGAGGACGCGCCGGGAGAGCCCGACCACGGAAUGGGCAUGGGUCCUGCCUCCCGGAGGUCCUCGAGCUACAGCGUGUCGAUGCAAUCGGCUCACCCACACCAUCCCCCACAGAGGCAACCAUCAGUCACCGCGGGGCGAGCAUAGGACACUCGCCCCGCCCAGACGAUUCCGCCCCCUUCUCCUGCAGCCGGCCAGCAACUUCGAGCAAUAUCGGUAUCAUCUGAUGACAGCAUCAUUGAAAUGCCGCCACCAAAGAAACCUCGAAUUUCCUGCCCGUCGGCCUCCAUCGUCCGUGAGGCUCCGCGGCCAUCACCGCAACAGGCGCGUCCCUUGAAAACGCCAGGUCCUUCCCGACGUCGUUCAUCAAGCUCCCUCUCAUCCAACACUCGUCCCAAGUACGGGGUUCCCCCACAGAGAGACACAGGAUCCCCUGAUCGGCGGCCACUCAAAAGACCGCACGGGAAUGGGACCGCUCCCUCCCCGCGACAGGGACCUGUCCCAGGCAGGCCUCGACCUAGACCACCGCCUUCUGUCCAAUGCUCGAGGCUGCCAGGAGCGGCAGCUACAGCCACUCCUCAGCGUAUGGACCGUCCUCGACCGCUACCUCAAGGAUCUCACUCGGUCAUCCAUGACGUUGUAGCCACUCCCCGUCGGCUAUCGGGAGCGUCUCAAGACCCCCGUUCGGUCGUCCGUGAGACAGGAGUCGCUCCCCGCCAGCCAUCGCACGCGCCCAAGGCUAUGUCUCCUGGCGAACGAGGCGAGGGGCCUGUUCCUCGGACGCCACGAACGAUCAAGGCCCUACCUCCUGUGCCGCAUACACCAACGGACAAGGCGACCCAAAAUGGCACUCCUGAAACACCCCAUAUGCCACCGACAACCAUACGAGAGAGCACCCCUCAGACACCAGAGCCGAGGGUCGCUCGGGCCACACCUGCAGCCCAGCACCCUUGGCCCAAUCCCACCCAAACCUCAGUGCUAAGGACCCCCAAAAUCAACUUGAGUCUCCCGCCGAAGCCGCCUUCCCCCGCAGCCGCAAAUUCCAUCGGAUGUGCCUCCAUGACAGGAACGGCUGAGGGGGCUCGAGAUCCACAUAUAUAAUUACCGAGAAAGUGAUGCAUGUCUGGUCUGGAUAAUGCUCAUGUCUCUUGUAACACGGACGGAUGCGCCUCUGGCCCCAUUCGAGGCGUGUCCCAUGCAAAACUUUAUGAAUCGUUCUUAUAACAUGCGUUCACGCCAAGUCUUUCAGGUGCUUGUUUUUCUUUUCUGGUUCCCCUUUAAACCUACAUGGUCGUCUCUUACAAAUUCCCAGCCGCUUGCUGGGGCUUGCUGCAAUUUAUUCCUCUUUUCAUUUUAUCUUGGUUCGAAUGCUGGGGGAACUUGGUCUUUUCUCUCUCCCGCCUCGUUGCAUUGUAACACGCGUACCGACCUAUUUCCCACGUGGUUUUCAUCUGGAGUACAAGGCGCACUCUAGCGACUCGAUUAGUCUUUGCAUCCCUCUGGAUCUGCAUGACUUUGGACAGGCCCCCUAUAAAGUUCUUUGCUUGGUUUGUUGGGGCGCAGGCCCUUGGGUGUAAACGGACUACACAUGGGCAACUCUGCAUACAAGUUGCCUCUUGGGCGGGCUUGGCUCUUGCUUUUUUCUUCUGGUUUUUCUAGUCCCUUGGCCAUUGGUUUCUAGAACCGACCUCGGGCAACUUAGGAAUGGAAGAUGAACAGCCCUAAUUUUUACGCUGCGGCUCGCAGUCUGAGGCUACGUGGAAGUGGUUUGAGCGCCCGAUUCGACUCUGACAACCACAGUCGGGCAGUGAUUUGUGCAACGCGCAGGAGCCCGACUCGGCUGUUUUUAUUUUAUUCCAUUGUCUGUCUCUUUUGUCCACAGCCAGACGGGCAUAGAUGCGAACUCGGCCACGUAUCCGUCUUCCCCCCUGGGCCCCGGCCUGGCCGAUUGGGAUGAGUUGUUUCUCCCGCUAGCGCGUUUGGACCACAGCGGGCAAGGGUUUCGGCCAACCGCCUUUUCGGAACCGGCUUGUCCCAGCGGUGCGGGCUCGGCAACAUGUUGAGAGCUGCCAGGACCCCACCCGGCUCGGUUGGGUAGAGUGCCUUUCUUUGUGCAGCGGGAUGACGUCAACGUUGCUGUCCAAUGGGUUCCUUCGAGC